UACAAAAUUCCUCGUCAGCUUUCAUACGAUAUGCCGGCCACGUGGCUGGAUGCCAAGUCAGAGACCAGAUCAACUCCAGACCAACCAAAGUAAGAUUACCUUAUCCCCAUAUCUAUCCAAAGUCCAAACCCCCCUCUCCCCUGUCUCGCUCCUCCUCGCAGAUCAUCAAACCCCCCGACAAGAUUUUCAUUCCGAAUCACACAGAGAGAAGAGAUCAACAAUGGCGGCCUCACUACAAGCAGCAGCAACGCUGAUGAUGAUGCAAACGGUGGCCAACAAGCCCAGAACAAGAAGUAGCUCUGGCAGCCACCCGUCGAUCAGGUCAUCGUCGUCGCCGUCUUCUUCCUCCCCCUCCGCCGUCCGGCUGCCACUCUCUUCCCCCCAUAAUCACCUCAAGGAUUUGGUUCAAACGUGCAGUGAUGCUGCCAAACUCGCCGCUUUCACUCUCGCCACUUCCGCCCUUGUCGUCUCUGGAGCGGCUGCUGAUGGAGGCCCCAAAAGGCUAACCUACGACGAGCUACAGAGCAAGACUUACCUGGAAGUGAAGGGCACCGGUGUCGCCAACCAGUGUCCGACCAUCGAGGGCGGCGUCGACGCCUUCUCUCUGGGUCCCGGCAAGUAUACCGCCAAGAAGUUCUGCAUGGAGCCCUCAUCUUUCACCGUCAAGGCCGACGGCGUGAGCAAGAACGCGUCCCCUCAGUUCCAGAAAACAAAGCUGAUGACUCGCUUGACCUACACCCUCGACGAGAUGGAAGGGCCGUUCGAGGUGACGCCGGACGGCACAGUGAAGUUCGAGGAGAAGGACGGGAUAGAUUACGCCGCCGUGACGGUUCAGCUCCCGGGCGGCGAGCGCGUGCCUUUCCUCUUCACGGUGAAGCAGCUGGUGGCCACGGGGAAGCCGGACGACUUUGGCGGAGAGUUUCUGGUGCCGUCUUACAGGGGGUCGACCUUUCUUGACCCCAAGGGGAGGGGUGCGGCGACGGGGUAUGACAACGCGGUGGCUUUGCCGGCCGGCGGGAGAGGAGAUGAGGAGUCGCUGGAGAAGGAGAACAUCAAGAACGCCGCCUCUUCCAAGGGGAAGAUCCGGCUGAGUAUUAGCCGGAGCAAGCCGGAGACCGGAGAGGUGGUUGGGGUUUUUGAGAGCGUUCAGCCGUCGGAUACUGAUUUGGGUGCAAAGGCCCCUAAGGAGGUGAAGAUCGAAGGCAUCUGGUAUGCCCAACUCGCCCAACCAGACUCAUCACUCUGAUCUUACUAUAAGUCAUCACAGUGUUACAGCAACUCACUCAAGUCAUUGAGAGAUAAGAGUCUAAUGUGCCAUUUUCUUGGCUUGAGCUUUCUUUGUAUCAAUCCAAUUUUCUGCAGAAGACAUUGUUAUUUGAUUCUCUUGUCUGUAAACCAAGUAUUAAUGGAUAUAAAUUUGCUUCAAUGGAUAUGCAGCUUUAUGAACUGAAUU